CGAACUUGGGCGAUUCGACGACGUCCACGGUCGUCCACCCAUCAAUCUCUCAAAACCGCCCAAUUUGGAAGCAGGAAGAAAGAAGUUAGAUCCUCCGCGAGAUCUAAUUUUUAAUCAGCAGGGUGCACAGUACCUAGGUGAGCAACAAGAAGGAUGCAACUGCAGCGAUUGUUGGUAAUUCUAGGAGCCGUGUUGACGACGUCGUUGUUGGUGCGCUGUCAGUCUGCCGGCAAAGUUACGUUCCAGGAUGCCGCUUCAGAGGGCCAAUCGGAGAAACAAGUUUCAGAGAAUCUCGAGGAAACUCCAUCGCAACAGAGAGCAUACAAUCCCAUUCCGCACGUGGAAGAUCUAUUUGAGUACAUCGGUUUCGGAACCGGACGAAACACCGAUCCAUACUUGGCGAGAAUCAACGAACGGUGCAUCACCGGCGACUUGGCCGAAUGCUUCAAGUCCCGUGCCUUGAGUUACUUUUCGGAUAUUUUCGACCAUGCCGAAUAUACCUUGAGCGACUAUGUUCGUGUUAAGCGGAUGCCUAACGACGUGGUGACGGAAGCGUAUCAUCAGCCGUUCGAGUAUUCCAAUGAGCCUAGGUCCGGGGAAUCGGAAUGGGACAAGAUGCUGAACUUCAUGAAAAGGAAAACUGAGAGGUUUAUCAAAACGAUGUCCUUUGAACUAACCAUACCUACCUCGGAGACUGGCCGCAACGGUGCUUACGAGCCGAGAUUUCUGGACGAGAUCGCCGAUGAGAUCAACACUCUUGAAAACAAGAAGGACACGCUAUUUUCUCGUCACAAGUUCAGGAAGCUCUUGAUACCGAUGCUGCUCGUCAUCAAACUCUUCAAGCUAAAGCUGCUGCUCUUCUUGCCCCUGAUUCUCGGGCUGGUUUCGUUCAAGAAGUUCCUCGGUUUCCUGGUGUUCGCCAUACCCGGUCUGAUAGGUUUCUUUAAGCUUUACAAAGCGCAGGAUUACUAUCCGCCGGUUUACACCAAGAACGGUAUCGGUCACCCUCAAUACGGAAUACAUCCGGAUAUCGACUAUCACGAGGAUCAUUACGCAAACGCGGGAUCUUAUCCUCAGGAUCUGGCGUAUCGCGGAUAUCAGCAUUACAAGCCGUAACUGAUUUAUUUAGUACGUCAUUCACAGGUUGGAAAGAGGAACGAUCAAGCGGACAGUCAUAUUUUCGGACAGUCGCGCGAGUUGCGUGUAAAUAUGAUGUGCAUUUUUGUCGUUUGCUACGAAUCAUUAUCCCGAUACGUCAUUUCAGGUGUGUUUAUUCGUUGUACUUGUAUCUGAUUGACUCGAAUGUGUUGUACAUAUCGUCAAAGUGUGAAUGUGCAAACUGUGACGUUUGUUUUUUUAAUAAAAAGCGUGAUUCC